CCUCUGGGCCGGGUGUAGACCGUGGGCCGUAGUUUGCCCACCUCUGUGCUAAACCAUCCCCACCCCGCCAGCUUUCAAAGGGGGAGAAGCCAUGUAUUGUCCUGUCUGUGUUGUUUCUCAUUCGCACACAGAAUCCCCGGUCACCUCCCUCCUUGGGACUAGGUCCAGCCAUGGGGAGUGCUUGGGGCUCUGCCGGUUUAGAAAUAGGCAGGGGUUUAACAUUAGAGCUGGGUGUGCGUCAGCAAGGCCCCCAGAGCGCACAGAUCCUGGGAACUCCUAGUGAGGGCGUUGCAAUUCUCCCCAGAUGUCUGCCUCUCCCAAGGGGGCUCUGUGACCAUGUUUCCAUCCUCUUGGAUUGCACGAUCGCCCAGCACAGCCACAGGUUCGGCUCACAGAAUGCCCUCAAUCCUCCAUGCACCCUGAUCUGGUCUGAUUUCAUCCCCUGCACAGGAUUUCCCCUUCCCAAACCUGAACUGAUCGCCCAGCUGGAACGAGGGGAAGAGCCGUGGGUGCCUGAUCUCCAGGCCUGCAAGGAAACAGAGAUCCCAAGAGGCGCCCGCACAGCAGGUGCUGAGCGAGGGAGUGAGAACGAGGAGGGGAAUCAUCAUGAGGAAGUGGAACCACAGGGGACCUUUGUGGGAAGAGCUGAAGGGAAUUUUUCCCAGUGCUUGGAAGAGGGAGAAGCCUGGGGAAAUUGGCACAGGUCAGAAAGGCUGAUGGGAAACCGCCCGAGGAAGAAAGUGGAUGAAUCUGUUAUCUAUAGGGGAGGAAACAAGGAUCCCACAGCCCAGCAGACAAAUCCCAAGGAAGAAAAACCCUACCACUGCCUCCAGUGUGGGAAAGGAUUCAUUCUGAGAUCACAGCUGGUUACACAUCAAACAAUCCAUAACAGCUCAGACUUUAAUACCCAUGGGAGAAUCGAUACAGGAGAGAGACGCUAUCAAUGCCUUGAGUGUGGGAAAUGUUUUAAUUGGAUGUCAGCACUUAUUACACAUCAGGCAACCCACAUGGGAGAGAGACCCCAUAAGUGCUUGGAGUGUGGGAAAAGCUUCAGUAACAGCUCAAAUCUUACUAAACAUCGGAGAAUCCACAUGGGAGACAGACCCUAUAAAUGCCUCGAGUGUGGGAACUGUUUCAGUCAGAAGACCACCCUCAUUAUGCAUCAGAAAACCCACACAGGAGAGAAACCCCAUAAGUGCUUGGACUGUGGGAAAAGUUUCACACAGAGAUCAGCCCUGAGUACACAUCAGACAAUCCACACAGGAGAGAGACCCUAUAAGUGCCUCGACUGUGGGAAAAGUUUCAUUCAGCGCUCACACCUUCUUCGACAUCUGAGAAUUCAUACUGGGAAUAAACCUCAUAAAUGCCUCCACUGUGGGAAAAGUUUCAUUCAGAGAACAAACCUUAUUUCCCAUCAGACAAUCCACACAGGAGAGAAGCCCUAUAAAUGCUUGGAAUGUGGGAAAAGCUUCAAGAACAGCUCUUACCUCACUAAACAUCGGACAAUCCACACGGGAGACAGUCCCUAUAAAUGCCUGCUCUGUGGGAAAAGUUUUGUUCUCAGUUCCGACCUGAUUGUGCAUCAGAGAAUUCACACAGGAGAGAAGCCCUACGUAUGCUUGGACUGUGGGAAAAGCUUCAAGAACAACUCCUACCUUACUAAACAUCGGAGAAUGCACACAGGAGAGAGACCUUAUAAAUGUCUCGAUUGUGGGAAGUGUUUCAGUCAGAAAUCAUCCCUUAGUACCCAUCAGACAAUCCACACUGGAGAGAGACCCAAUAAAUGCUUGGACUGUGGGAAAAGUUUCACCCAGCGAUCAGCCCUUGUUAUACAUCAGAGAAUCCACACAGGAGAGAGACCCCAUAACUGCUUGGACUGUGGGAAAAGUUUCACGCACAGAUCAGCUCUCCUUAGACAUCAGGCCAUCCACACAGGCGAGAGACCCCAUGAGUGCGUGGAAUGUGGGAAACGUUUCAUUCAGAGAUCAACCCUUAUUAGACAUCAGGCAGUCCACACAGGAGAGAGACCCCAUGGGUGCUUGGACUGUGGCAAAUGUUUCACCAACAGAUCAUCCCUUAUUAGGCAUCAGGCAAUCCACACAGGCGAGAGACCCCAUAAGUGCUUGGACUGUGGGAACAGUUUCAUUCAGAGAUCGAACCUUAUUAUACAUCAGAGAAUCCACACGGGCUAUAAACCUCAUAAAUGCCUGGCCUGUGGGAAAAGUUUCAGGAAGAGCUCAUACCUUACUAAACAUCUAAGAACUCACAAAGGCCUGGGAGACCCACGGAACAGCUUGAUUAUGGAAAAAGAUUCAAUCCGAGCUCAGACAUCAGUGAUCCACAAAACUGAGAGACCUUGAACAUGGGGGAAGCUUCAUUUGGUGCUCCCGGAGUAUCGGGCAUCAGCAAAUCCGCACAGGAAAGAAACCGCUGAGAUGUUCUCAGCGUGGAAAAUGCUCCAAGUGGAACUAACACCACAAUGGACAUCAGAGACUCCUCCACACAGCAGGGAAAUUCUCUCAGGGCCCUGACUAG